AUCGGGCCGGCAAAAUGAAACGUCAUUUCCGGUCCUAUGAGACGCGACAGAGAAAAUCUUCAUGCGGAAGUAGAUGUGGCCUUCAGUUCUUUUUAACACGCGCAGACAACCAGCCAAAACUCUAUGGUAUGACCGUCCACGAUAUGUAUUUCUGGAAUUCUGCGUGGAAGACAGCAGGGAUGUAAAAGUGGACCUUGAUGAUUACAAGGUAAUAUUCAGCUGUAAGAAUACUGAUGGCACUGAAAUAUACAACGAGAUUCACUUUUAUGCCCGACUAAAUUCCAAGGAUUCCCACAAUAAGCGUUCAGGCAGAUCCAUCACACUCUUUGCACGCAAGUGGAAGGAUAAAGUGCCAUGGCCACGUCUCACCAAAGAAGAUUUCAAGCCAGCAUGGCUCUCAGUGGACUUUGAUAACUGGAGAGAUUGGGAAGGAGAUGAAGAAAUGGAAGCAGCCAUGGUUGAACAAUAUGCAGAGCUCAUGCAAAAAGUCACUAAGAAAGAUCCACCACCAGCCAUGGAUGAUCUUGAUGAUGACAGCUGAAAGGUACAACUUCCUGACUGGACUGCUACCUAAGUUUACUACAGCUACAGUCAACAGUGACAUGGGAGUAGGCAUCACAUUGGCUAAGGCCUAGGACAAGGAAGCAGAUUGAUGUGUCAAAGUGUUUCAAAUUUAUUUGUUUUCAAUGGGUGUUAAAUUAUUGCAAUGUAAUUUUUCUGGAUGACUUUAAUAAACAACUCUUUGCACCAAAUCUGGGAGCGAAGUUGGCCCUAAA